UGCGGGGAGCGGGGCGGGCCCUCUCUGAAGAUCUAAAGCGGUGGCGGGGAGCGGGGGACGCCGUUCAGUCGCCUCGCCUGUCGCCCGAGCCCGCCGGCGCCGGGCUGCCCCUCGCUCGGCACGGUUGGAUGCUCCUGUCCUUCUGAAUAAGGGAUUUUACUAGUGGUGGAGUGUGGCACUGAGCAACUGUAGAAGACAGGCAGGAUUGGGUCAAACACUGAAACGCUCAAACACAAAGAUGGAGUGUCAGAAAAUUACCGAUUUUGGAAACCAGCUUCUUCGCCGGAAGAAUGUUGACUGCACUCGAGAAGACAGUCGGCUUUCACGGUGCCUCAACACGUUUGACUUGGUGGCUCUGGGUGUAGGCAGCACUUUGGGUGCCGGUGUCUAUGUACUGGCUGGAGCUGUGGCACGGGAAAAUGCGGGACCUGCCAUCGUUAUCUCCUUCUUGAUUGCUGCCUUGGCUUCAGUGCUGGCCGGACUCUGCUAUGGAGAAUUCGGUGCUCGAGUUCCUAAGACAGGAUCAGCUUAUCUCUACAGCUACGUGACUGUGGGCGAGCUGUGGGCCUUCAUCACAGGUUGGAAUCUAAUCCUCUCCUAUAUUAUUGGAACCUCAAGCGUGGCCAGAGCCUGGAGCGCAACAUUUGAUGAAAUCAUAGGGAAGCACAUUGAAGAAUUUUGUAAAAAGUACAUGACGAUGGAUGCUCCUGGAGUGCUAGCAAAAUACCCAGACAUCUUUGCCGUGGUGAUAAUCAUCAUUCUAACAGGGCUUUUAAUAUUUGGCGUGAAAGAAUCUGCCCUGGUGAACAAAGUGUUCACCUGUAUCAACGUCCUUGUCCUUGGCUUCGUCGUGAUCUCUGGUUUCGUGAAAGGAUCUGUUAAAAACUGGCAUCUGACUGAACAGGACAUUUACAACACCAGCCACAGCGUUUAUGGAGACAAUCAAACACAGGAAGAAAAGCUCUACGGUGUUGGAGGGUUUAUGCCUUAUGGAUGGAAUGGAGUCCUCUCAGGGGCAGCCACAUGUUUUUAUGCUUUUGUGGGAUUUGACUGUAUUGCUACUACAGGCGAGGAGGUAAAAAACCCUCAGAAGGCCAUUCCUAUUGGCAUCGUGGCAUCUCUGCUCAUUUGCUUUGUGGCUUAUUUUGGUGUGUCGGCUGCCCUGACUCUCAUGAUGCCUUACUACCAGCUGGAUACCAAUAGCCCUUUACCCAAUGCCUUUAAAUAUGUGGGUUGGGAUGGAGCCAAUUAUGCAGUGGCUGUCGGUUCCUUGUGUGCCCUUUCUACAAGUCUCCUUGGCUCCAUGUUUCCGAUGCCUCGAAUAAUUUACGCUAUGGCAGAAGAUGGACUUCUCUUUAAAUUCUUGGCUAAAGUUGACGAGAAGAGAAAAACUCCAAGAAUUGCAACAAUGACAUCAGGAGCUGUUGCAGCUGUUAUGGCCUUUCUUUUUGACUUGAAAGAUCUUGUGGACCUCAUGUCCAUCGGGACCCUCCUGGCUUACUCUUUGGUAGCAGCCUGUGUGUUGGUACUGAGGUACCAGCCAGAGCAGCCUAAUUUGGCAUACCAAAUGGCUAGGUCAACAGAGGAGACAGAUAACAAUGAGUCUGUGAGCACCAGUGAGUCACAGACUGGAUUUUUGCCAGAGGAAGAGGAGAAGUGCUCCUUCAAAGCUGUACUGUUUCCCCCAAAUUCGGACCCUUCCAAAUUAUCCGGCUCAGUGGUGAACAUCUCAGCCUUCAUCAUUGGUUUCUUUAUUGUGUGCAGCUGUAUCCUGACUGCCCUUAUAACAAAUAUUGCAAUAUAUGUAUGGAUUAUUGGUGUCAUCCUUGUUCUCAUUGUCAGCUGCAUUAUAUGGAAACAACCUGAAAGCAAAACUAAACUCUCCUUUAAGGUACCUCUUUUGCCCUUUCUUCCUGUUGUGAGUAUUUUUGUGAAUGUUUACCUCAUGAUGCAGCUAGACGUAGGCACAUGGAUACGGUUUGCAGUCUGGAUGCUCCUAGGCUUUAUCAUCUACUUUGCCUAUGGAAUACGGCAUAGCGUGGAAGCCACCUACGCAGCGUCAGGAGAUGUGGAGAGAAACACAGAUGCUGGCUCAGGCAGCUGUAAAUGACUGUGUUUGGCUUACGGGCAACUGGUAGCUGCAGUGAAAGAAGCUUUGUGGUGGGGAUCCUGAAUCAGAUUGCACCUGAUCAAUCAGUAAUGCAGGAAUAAGAAAGCCUAAUGCAGGCCUCCCCAACCCUUUUGCUGCAGCUUGCGGUUUGUUUAGUAGCACAGUUAAAAGGGAUCACAAGGAAAAAAGACAUAUCUCUGGAAUACUCCUGGCGGCACUGUCAGCUCACCUGGGGCUAUGUGCUUCCCUCUCUCCUGUUUUGUUUUUUUCCCUAGUAUGUAGAAAGAGAACUGCUUCUGUGUGCCAGUUAACCUUAAAUGCUGCUAUGAAACCAAGCCUCACAAAGGUCUUUCUCAGUAGCCCUGAGAAUUACCUCCCCACAGAUACUCUACCUGAUUAUACAUGGAGCAGAUUUUGCAGUGCUACUGUCAAGUGUAGACCAGAUCCAUCCUUCACCCUAUGUGACCCCUACCCCACGUGUACGCACAAAAAAAGGCUUUCGCCAAACACCAGAUUUCACUGGGUUAAGAAAGCACCUGCAAGAUUUUAAUUCUUUAAAUUAUUAGGUCUCAUAGUUUUUGUUGUAUUUAACUUGUUCUUUUAACUACUUACUCAUAUGAUUUAAAGCACACCACUGCUGUGAAA